GCUGCGUCAUUCUCACUUCGAGAUAACAGCGGCGACAGCAGUAAGACGUGUUUUUCGUUCCUGCGGUAGGGAAAAAUCCUAGUUUAUAACCCCUUUGCCUUUUUGAACUCACCGAAAUUCCGUUGCACAAGUUUGCACAGAGCAGUGAGCUGAUUUAAUACACACAAAAGGAGAGAAAAUGGCAAAGCGAGUGGCUGUCGUGACUGGCUCCAACAAAGGGGUUGGCUUUGGCAUUGUCAGAGCUUUGUGCCAGAAGUUUGAUGGUGAUGUCAUCUUGACAGCCCGGGACGAAGGACGUGGAAAAGAGGCGGUGGAUGCUCUCAAACAGGAAGGGCUCAGUCCCCUGUUCCAUCAACUGGACAUCACUGACCAUAACAGUGUCGUCCGACUACAUGACUUUCUCAAAGAAAAGUACGGAGGUCUUGACGUGCUUGUCAACAAUGCUGGCAUUGCCUACAAGGCUUCAUCCACGGCAUCGUUCUCAGAGCAAGCUGUAGUCACGCUGAAGACCAACUUUGAGGCUACCCUGGAUGUCUGUGAAGUGCUGUUUCCUCUAUUGCGACCUCAUGCUCGAGUGUCCAAUGUCUCCAGCUUUGUUAGCCAGAUGUCCCUGGCCAAGUGUUCGGACGCCUUGAGGUCAAAGUUCACGAACCCAAACCUCGGCAUGGAUGAGCUCGUCUCUCUUCUCAAGCAAUUUGUGGAGUCUGCUAAGACGGAACAACACCAAGCACAGGGCUUUCCCAACUCCGCCUACGGGAUGUCCAAAGUGGGCGUGACUGUCAUGUCCAUCAUACAGCAGAGAGAACUGGAUGCUAAGGGGGCGGAAGAUAUUGUGGUCAAUGCUUGUUGCCCGGGGUAUGUGGACACAGACAUGUCCAGUCACAAAGGCUCGCUCACUAUUGACCAGGGGGCAGUAACUCCCACAUACUGCGCUCUCCUUCCACCAAAUGUGGACAGCCCUCGAGGGAAGUUCAUCAGCAAGGAGAAGAUUUCCGAAUGGAAGAUGUAAAAUUUCGGCAUUUUGAACAUUGUUCUUUAGCAAAGAUGGCGUUAACUCUUUAUCUCCGGUGAGCCAACCUCGGAAACACUGUGCUGGUGAACUGCUGACAGUGGCUGGGGCACGUUCCAUUAUGACGACUUCAACAACAAUUUACUUUUCAGCAACUGCCAAAAACAGGUCUCUUUUACCGGAGGUUCAAUCAUUAGAUGAAAAACUAUCAAAAUAAGUUCGCUUGUUUUGAUUCAAUGACCCAUUUAAAUUAGUGACCUUUUUGUCAUUUUCAGAUUUAGUACCAAAAAAAGGCCCCUGACGUAAUGGGUUUGCCCCCCACGGAGAUAAAGAGUUAAGAUUUUCUUAGAAAAGGCUUUACUGGGGUAGAAGUUUAUCGAGGAAAAACAGCGGACCGGAAAGUGGAAAAUGAAUACACAUGGACCUAUUGUGUAGUUCAGACCUAAACGUUUUUCUUGUUGGGGAAAUGUCAGGAAUUUUUUGUUGUUUUUUAAAUUAUUGUAAUUUUUAUGGCACUUCCAACUCAAAUAGGUCGUAUCAGUACCAAAGAUUAGAGAUGUUACUAGAGAGUAACAUACAAAGAAAAGGAGGAGAGAUGAGGAUGGUAGAUGUUUUAUAGGAAAGGACACCCACAUAGUCAGAUUUUAGGAUUUUCCGAAGAAAAAAUUGUUGAUGUGAAAAUAUAAAUUUCUCAUGCCUCUGGCCUCAGCCUUAUACCAAGAAAAAAAACUUUCAAACUUUCAUGCCACGGUGAAAUGGCUGAAAAAUCUAAGACUGCUCAGUCUGCCUCUGAAAAAAACCUGCAAAAAUUCAUCCAAGAAAAGUGACAAUUUUUCAUUAUAUCAAAGGUUUGUGUGCCUUUAUUAAUGGUUCAUGAACUAGUAUCAUUACAUCAGAAGCUGCUGCACUAAACAAUAAUUGGAACAAUUUAUAAAACAUAUAUUCAAUACUUGUAGAUCGUCUUUGCAUAUUGAUUUUAUUUACAUCUGUUAUUUGUUUUUGUCAUGCCAUCUGAUAUUCUCAAUCCAUAUGAAAUGUUUCGAAAAAAAUUCCCGCUUUUUGUUUUGAAAGCGCCUGAGGCAAGUUAAUUGCAGGUAUUUGACACACUGGUGUAAGUUUAUACAAGUUAGUCAUAGCUAUUUGACUCUACAAAUUCCUGUAUCACUGACUUUGCUGAAAUGAUAAUUAUAUUACAAUUGCACAAAGAUCUUUAUAGAUUUGAGAAAAUAGUUUACGCCAUUUACUAAAAAUAUUUAUUUCAAUAAUUUGUCAUGUAUUUUUGAUGCGAAAGUACCUUUUUGACAUAUGAAAUUCUUUUUUGGUGUGUUUACCAGUGGUGACAUUUUUACUUACAAGACUGCAGGCGUUUACUGAAUGUUGUUAUAUAUGACCUUUUUCGUUUCUGACUAUUUAUGAAACCCAAAGAUAUUAACUUUUAUAAGCCUUCUAAUCUUUAUAACAAUAUACUAACAGAAUAAUCAUCAUGAUAUUCCUCUUCAGCCUAGUUUGUGAUGGCUAUUAUGAGUUUAUUGACGGGAAAUAUUAAUUGCUAUAUUAUUAUUAUCAUAUAAUUGAGAGGAUAAAAAUUUAAAGAUGUUGGAAAUUACAAACAAAUAUGUAAACUUAUAGAUUUCAUUCGCAAAUCAUGCAGAGGUAGCUAGAGGUAGAUUUUCCAAUGGAUUAUUGUAAUAUCCUCCAUUGUACUUAACUUUUCCUAUAUAAUUCCAUGAAGAAGUUUCUCUAAACCCAUUCAAGAAAAGACACAUUUUUAUGUUAGAUCUAAUUCACUUUUUUGAAGAAUUAAAAAAAAAAGAAAAAUAUAUUUUUUCCACCGAAUACAUAUAUAAUAUAAAUAUGUGUACUUUCUUUGUUGUUUAUUACUGACAAUAUAAUGUACCUCAGACUUCUCUUUCUUCUACUUUGAGUUAUGAAGUAACAUAAAGUAGUAAAGACGGCCAUUUGAUAUUAAACAAAUUCUGUUCUAAUGUGUUGUUAUUAGUUUCAUGAGCCUAUAUACUCCUUCUACUAGUAGAUUGUCAAUAAAACAAAAGAAGAUGAUACAUGUGCUGAA